CGUCGAAGAUGCUCCCUGCAGCGCUCACCGUGUUACUGACUUUAUUCAGCUUCUCUGAGAGCAAACAGAAAGACUUUUACACCUUUAAAGUGGUGAACAGCAGGGGGAAGCUGGUGUCCCUGGAAAAGUACCGCGGUUCGAUGUAAUAACAUAGUCCUGCUGCUGCGGGUCAGUUCACCGCAGGCUGCUCAGGAUGUCCCGUCAUGUAGCCCCGCAAGCCUACGUGGCAAGAGGCCUGCAGAGUCCCUGCAGCUGCCGGAGCUUCACCAGGUUUCAUUCAAACAAGGUGUCCCUGGUGGUGAACGUAGCCAGUGAAUGUGGCUUCACUGAGGAACACUACAAAGACCUGCAGCAGCUCCAGCGGGACUAUGGGCCGUACCACUUUAAUGUGCUGGCCUUCCCUUGCAACCAGUUUGGGCAGCAGGAGCCCGGCAGCGACAAGGAGAUCGACGGCUUUGUGCGUCGAGUCUACGGAGUCUCCUUCCCUCUGUUCAGUAAAAUCGCUGUUGUGGGGCCUGGAGCCAACAAUGUGUACAAGUACCUUGUUGAGUCUUCUGGAAAAGAGCCUGACUGGAAUUUCUGGAAGUACCUAAUUGAUGUGAAUGGCAAAGUGGUGGGUGCAUGGGGCCCAAAAGUCUCUGUCAAAGAAAUCCGAACCAAAAUAGCAGAUAUGGUGCGGCAGAUAAUCUUGAAGAAGAAAGAAGAGCUUUAACCUCCUGUUAGUCUUUCGUGUUCCGCAAUAUGAGAUUUAAAGUAUUGGUACGUGAACCAAAGGGAGGAGCUGAACACAUGAAUUUUGCUUGUACAAUCAGACAUUUGUAGACUAAACCAUUCAAGUCAAGUCACACAGUGAAAGCAAAUUUUACUUGCUUUCUGGACGCACUGAUGAAACGCCACUAUAUUUAUAGUCUUUUUUGUAUCAGGCGUAUGACAGUUGAAACCGCAGCAUAAAGCCAAAGAGCUGUAAGUCUUGUGUAUUGUGUUUUUUUUUUUCAUUCUCAUUUGUUGAAUAAACUUUUACUGUGAUGAA